AUGAGCAAAGGUACAGCUAGCUUCGGAAAGAGAAACAAGAGAAACACGGAGAUGUGCAGAAGAUGCGGGAGGCAGAGCUACCAUAAGCAGAAGAAUUCAUGUUCGUCCUGUGGAUAUCCGAAUCCAAAAAUGAGAAAUCCGGCAUCCAUUAAAGCAAGGCGCAGACGUACUAUUGGAACUGGAAGAAUGAGAUACAUGAAGAGAGAGCUGAGAGCAGCAAGAAAUGGGCACCAGGGAAACCCAAUACUGAGGGCACUCUGGACUAAUAAUUAA